AUGUCGCUUUGGACAAAGGCGUCUGCUAAAUAACUUAACCAUAACCAUAACCAUUUGGGAGUCGUUAGGCCUACCUGCCAUCGAACUGAGACAUUUAAAUGAGAAGUCCAGCGGCGGACCGAACAUUUCUCAGGCUCCAGCAGGCUGCAGUGAUGGCCUGUGUUGCCGAGAGGAAGGAGAAGGCUCUCCUAGCCUGGGUGAACAGUUUUGCCCUGGGUGACACGGUUGGGAAGAUGUGCGAGUUGAAGGAUGGCUGCCUGCUCAGCCAGUUACCUGCCAGGCUUGGCGGGAGAGCAGCAGUGUCGUCUAUGGAUCAGACGCCAGCAGAGCGAUUUCAGGAGGUGGCGGACUUCCUGCACAAACAGUGCAGGUUUACUGCAGCCUGUGGCGUCUCCAUCAGCUGGGAGAAGAUCACGGAGGACACUAGCAGCCACGGCGACAUAGAACUAGCCAAGGUAGUGCUCCUUCUGUGCCACCACUCGAUGGCGAUGUCGCUGUUCCCGAUGCACAGCCUAGACUACAACACAGAGUUGGAGCUGGUGUCCAUGUUCCGAUACGUUGUGGAGGACGACAGCGGACACCACCUGACUGAGAACCUCGAGCAGUUUCUGACCAGGAAGACUGUGCUGGAUAUAUCGUCGUCCAGCAGUGUGUCCAGUUCAGAUGGAGCGUCUCCCGUCCUGCCCUGCGGCCUGAGGAGGAAGACACACACCUCCGUACGCUUCCUAGAGCUGGACACCGUCGCCAGCAACGCUGUUAGCUCUCCCAUCCAGGAGCUGAUGAGCACACCCCAGUUCCAGCUGUGUCGUCUGAGGAGGCAGGUGGCCCAGGAGGAGCAGAACAGAGACGAGCUGGAGAGAGAGCUGGCCGAACUGCGCUGCAGGAUACAGGAGACAGAGUCCCAGGUGGCCCAGCUGCAGCAUCGCCUGCAGAAGGUUCAGAGGGAGCAGUUGGACCAAGAGGCUCAACACAAGAACACACUCCAGGAGCUGCAGAACAAGAGCGACGGGCAGCUCCAGCGUCUGCAUGAGGUCCUCCGCCAGAGUCAAGACCUGAAGACGGACAACCUGCAGAAGGAGAAGAGACUGGACCACCUGUGUGACGAGAAUGGACUGCUCUCAACACAGGUGCGUGAGCUGGCUGGACAGCUGGCGUCGCUACGGCAACAGAUGAUGCUGCUACAGGAGGAGGAGCUUCAGAGCGGCAACAGGAAGCAGGAACUGCAGCAGGAGCUGAGCCAAGCGCUGCAGCACAAGGAGUGUCUAAGCGAGCAGCUGGAGAUUGAGCGGGGGAAGGUGUGUGUGUUAGAGGAGGAGCUGAUGGAGGUGCGCUCUCGACCCUGUCACCAUGGAGAUGGAGAGGUCAUGGGACCCAUAAUGGAGUGGGAACGUUUGCAGCAGGAAGUGACCAAACUACAGACUCAGCUUCAGGAAGCUGCCGCUGAAAACAAAGCUCGUAUGGUUGCCGUGGAAGCAGCGCAUGCUCAGAAGACCUUGCUGGACCAGGAAGUGAUCAAACUGCAGACUCAACUUCAGGAAGCUGCCGCUGAUAAGGAGGCUGAUAUGGUUACCUUGGAGACGGAGCGUUCUGAGAAGAUGGCCCUACAACAGGAAGUUGCUAAUCACCAACAGGAAGUGACCAAGUUGCAGACUCAGCUUCAACAGGAAGCUACUAAUCACCAACAGGAAGUGACAAAACUGCAGGCUCAACUUCAGGAAGCUGCCACUGAUAAGGAGGCAGAUAUGGUUGCCUUGGAGACUGAGCGUUCUGAGAAGAUUUCACUGAAGCAGGAAGUGACCACACUACAGAUUCAGUUUCAGGAAGCAGCGGCUGAAAGCAAAGCUCAUAUGGUUGCCGUGGAAGCAGCACAUGCUCAAGAGAACUUGCUGGAGCAGGAAGUGACCAAACUGCAGACUCAACUUCAGGAAGCUGCUACUGAGAAGGAGGCGGAUAUGGUUGCCUUGGAGACUGAGCGUUCUGAGAAGAUUUCACUGAAGCAGGAAGUGACUAAACUCCAGGAUCAGCUUCAGGAAGUGGAUGCUGGGAAGGAAGCAGAUAAGGUUGCCUUGGAAACCGAGCGUUCUCAAAAGACCUUACUGGAGCAGGAAGUGACUAAACUCCAGGAUCAACUUCAGGAAGUGGACGCUGAGAGGGGAGCUCAUAUGGUAGCCUUGGAAACGGAGCUUGCUGAGAAGAAUUUAUUGCAGGAAGAAGUCAUGCAGCACCAACAGGAAGUGACCAAACUCCAGGCUCAACUUCAGGAAGCUGCAACUGAGAAGGAGGCGGAUAUGGUUACCUUGGAGACUGAGCGUUCUGAGAAGAUGAUGCUACAGCAGGAAGUGACCACACUACAGAUUCAGUUUCAGGAAGCAGCGGCUGAAAGCAAAGCUCAUAUGGUUGCCGUGGAAGCAGCACAUGCUCAGGAGACCUUGCUGGAGCAGGAAGUGACCAAACUGCAGACUCAACUUCAGGAAGCUGCUACUGAGAAGGAGGCGGAUAUGGUUGCCUUGGAGACUGAGCGUUCUGAGAAGAUGGCCCUACAACAGGAAGUUACUAAUCACCAACAGGAAGUAACAAAACUACAGGCUCAGCUUCAGGAAGUUACCAAAGAGAAGGAGGCUGAUAUGGUUGCCUUGGAGACUGAACGUUCUGAGAAGAUUUCACUGAAGCAGGAAGUGACUAAACUCCAGGAUCAGCUUCAGGAAGUGGAUGCUGGGAAGGAAGCAGAUAAGGUUGCCUUGGAAACCGAGCGUUCUCAAAAGACCUUACUGGAGCAGGAAGUGACUAAACUGCAGGCUCAACUUCAGGAAGCUGCCAAUGACAAGGAGGCAGAUAUGGUUGCCUUGGAGAACGAGCAUUCUGAGAAGAUGGCCCUACAACAGGAAGUGUCUAAUCACCAACAGGAAGUAACAGAACUCCAGGCUCAGCUUCAGGAAGUGGACGCUGAGAGGGGAGCUCAUAUGGUAGCCUUGGAAACGGAGCUUACUCUGAAGAAUUUAUUGCAGGAAGAAGUCAUGCAGCACCAACAGGAAGUGACCAAACUCCAGGCUCAACUUCAGGAAGCUGCAACUGACAAGGAGGCGGAUAUGGUUGCUUUGAAGACUGAACGUUCUGAGAAGAUGAUGCUACAACAGGAAGUUACUAAUCACCAACAGGAAGUAACGAAACUGCAGGCUCAGCUUCAGGAAGUGGCCACCAAGGGGGGUGCUGAUCUGGCAGUGUUGGAGAUGGAGCGAGCACAGAGGAUAACUCUGCAACAGGAAGUUACUAAUCACCAACAGGAAGUGACCAAACUGCAGGCUCAACUUCAGGAAGUUGCCACUGAGAGGGAAGCAGAUAAGCAGGAAGUGACCAAACUACAAACUCAACUUCAGGAAGCUGCCAAUGACAAGGAGGCGGAUAUGGUUGCCUUGGAGAACGAGCGUUCUGAGAAGAUGGCCCUACAACAGGAAGCGUCUAAUCACCAACAGGAAGUAACAGAACUGCAGGCUCAACUCCAGGAAGCUGCCAAUGACAAGGAGGCGGAUAUGGUUGCCUUGGAGAACGAGCGCUCUGAGAAGAUGGCCCUACAACAGGAAGUGUCUAAUCACCAACAGGAAGUGACCACACUACAAACUCAGCUUCAGGAAGUUACCAAAGAGAAGGAGGCUGAUAUGGUUGCCUUGGAAAACGAGCGUUCUGAGAAGAUGGCCCUACAACAGGAAGUGUCUAAUCACCAACAGGAAGUAACAGAACUGCAGGCUCAACUCCAGGAAGCUGCCAAUGACAAGGAGGCGGAUAUGGUUGCCUUGGAGACUGAGUGUUCUAAGAAGAUGAUGCUACAACAGGAAGUUACUAAUCACCAACAGGAAGUAACGAAACUGCAGGCUCACCUUCAGGAAGCUGCUGUUGAAAACAAAGCUCACAUGGUUGCCGUGGAAGCAGCACAUGCUCAGAAGACCUUGCUGGAGCAGGAAGUGACCAAACUGCAGGCUCAGCUUCAGGAAGUGGCCACCAAGGGGGGUGCUGAUCUGGCAGUGUUGGAGAUGGAGCGAGCACAGAGGAUCACUCUGCAACAGGAAGUUACUAAUCACCAACAGGAAGUGACCAAACUGCAGGCUCAGCUUCAGGAAGUGGCUACCAAGGGGGGUGCUGAUCUGGCAGUGUUGGAGAUGGAGCGAGCUCAGAGGAUCACUCUGCAACAGGAAGUUACUAAUUACCAACAGGAAGUGACCAAACUGCAGGCUCAACUUCAGGAAGUGGACACUGAGAGGGGAGCUCAUAUGGUAGCCUUGGAGACUGAGCGUUCUCUAAAGACCUUGCUGGAGCAGGAAGUGACCAAACUCCAGGCUCAACUUCAGGAAGCUGCCAAUGACAAUGAGGCGGAUAUGGUUGCCUUGGAGACUGAGCGUUCUGAGAAGAUGGUGCUACAACAGGAAGUGUCUAAUCACCAACAGGAAGUGACCACACUACAGACUCAACUUCAAGAAGCUGCAACUGACAAGGAGGCGGAUAUGGUUGCUUUGGAGACUGAGCGUUCUGAGAAGAUUUCACUGAAGCAGGAAGUGACCAAACUUCAGGCUCAGUUUCAGGAAGUGGACGCUGAGAGGGGAGCUCAUAUGGUAGCCUUGGAAACGGAGCUUGCUGAGAAGAAUUUAUUGCAGGAAGAAGUCAUGCAGCACCAACAGGAAGUGACCAAACUCCAGGCUCAACUUCAGGAAGCUGCCACUGAGAAGGAGGCGGAUAUGGUUACCUUGGAGACUGAGCGUUCUGAGAAGAUGAUGCUACAGCAGGAAGUGACCACACUACAGAUUCAGUUUCAGGAAGUGGCCACCAAGGGGGGUGCUGAUCUGGCAGUGCUGGAGAUGGAGCGAGCACAGAGGAUCACUCUGCAACAGGAAGUUACUAAUAACAAAGAGGAAGUAACCAAACUGCAGGCUCAGCUUCAGGAAGUGGCCACUGAGAAGGAAGCAGAUAAGGCUGCCUUGGAAACCGAGCGUUCUGAGAAGAUGGCGCUACAACAGAAAGUUACUAAUCACCAACAGGAGGUAAUUGAACUGCAGACUCAACUUCAAGAAGCUGCCAAUGACAAGGAGGCGGAUAUUGUUGCCUUGGGGAAUGAGCGUUCUGAGAAGAUGGUGCUACAACAGGAAGUGACCAAACUACAGACUCACCUUCAGGAAGCUGCUGUUGAAAACAAAGCUCACAUGGUUGCCGUGGAAGCAGCACAUGCUCAGAAGACCUUGCUGGAGCAGGAAGUGACCAAACUGCAGUCUCAGCUUCAGGAAGUGGCCACCAAGGGGGGUGCUGAUCUGGCAGUGUUGGAGAUGGAGCGAGCACAGAGGAUCACUCUGCAACAGGAAGUUACUAAUCACCAACAGGAAGUGACCAAACUGCAGGCUCAACUUCAGGAAGUGGACACUGAGAGGGGAGCUCAUAUGGUAGCCUUGGAAACGGAGCAUGCCCAGAAGACUGCUCUGCAGCAAAAUGUUCUGCGCUACCAACAGGAAGUGAUGAAACUCCAAGCUCAACUUCAGGAAGUCGCCACGGAGAAGGUAGCAGACGUGGUAGCCUUGGAGACGGAGCGUUCUGUGAACACUUCGCUGGCGCAGGAAGUGACUGCACUGCGCUCUCAGGUCUCCGUGCUGCAACAGGAAGUGUGCGGGCUGCGCGAGUGGGAGGAGUCUCGGAAGGGGGCGGAGAUUAAGGCGCAGGCCCUGCGGCGGGAGCUGGAGACGCUGCGGACGCUCAACAGCACUCUGCAGAGGGAGAACGGCGCCACCCAGAGGCUGGCCGACACACUGCAGCAACAGCUGGACAUGAAGCAGAAGGAGUGCGUCCGCAAGAAGGCCAGUGAGAGGAAGCAGGCGGGAGAGAAGAGGAGAGCAGAACACGACCUCAGCUCAGACAGCCUGAGCCUGGACGACUCCCUCAACUCCACCAGUACUCCGGUGGUGAGGAGCUCCAGGCGUCUGGCGCUGAAACAGGGCUCCGUGGAGACGCUCUACUUCACCCCGAUGGGCCCGCAGCCCACCACUCGGUUGCCAGGCGACCGCAUCACUGACUCCGCCCACAAGCUCACCAACUCCGCUCAGCGUAGACGCACCACCCAGGUCAUCAACAUCACCAUGACGAGGGGUGAGACCCCUGGUCUGCAGGCUGCUCAGUCCCAGCCCAACCUGUCCUCCUGUCCUGUGCCCACGGAGCGCUCCACGCAGCCUAGCAACAGCGCCACCACGGCAACUGCUGCCGCUAGCGACCACCUUCUCAACCUCCCCGGGUAUCGCCGCAGUAGCAUCUUCAACGCUGCUCCCACACGGGCCUCCAGUGCGUUCUGUGUGGGGAUGGAGAAUGAGCCGGAUCAGGCUGGAGAGGACUGGCUCCGCAUCGCCGAGCUACAGCGCCGCAACCGGAACUGCCCUCAGCACCUCAAGAGCAGCUACACGCUAGAGACCAUGCAGGUGCUGGGCGCCCCGUGUGAGGAGGACGAGGUGCGGUUCGGGGACCCUACGGAGACGUUGCGGAGAGCGUCCACCCUCCCGGGGCAGCUGCAGGCCUCGCUGGCCUCCCAUAGGCUCUCGCUCGCGCCCGCCAAACGCCCCGCCACCAAUCAGGGCCCAGCCACACCCGAGGUGAAGAGGCAGGCCACUGGGUUCUCACGCCCUCUGACUCCAAAGGACCGGAACACUACUCGCCUGGCCAACCAGAGCAGCCCGCUCAAGUCACCGUCUGAGCGUAGGCAGUCCAUGAUGUUCUGCAUCGGCAACACGCCGCAGAAGAACGGUCUGCUCCAGCGCGGCCUCAGGAAGCUCCGGAACAGCGCUCGCAAGAGCCCCGCCUCCCGCUCAGCUGCCGGCUCCGCCCCCCGCCGCUCGCCGCGCAGCAGAAACGCCUCCAAGAAGAUCAUGCUUUAAGAAGACGGAUUUUACCUGUUUUUGUAUGUUAUCGUCCUGUAUUUUUAUUGUAAUUAUGUCAUUCAAUUUACUUUAUUUCAAUUCAAUAAAAAUCAUUUAUAAAUAA